AAUUCGACUGGACAAACAGGAAGACAUUUGCAGGCUUACAUUAUUCUGAGAUUCCAUAAAAUCGUCCGAAAAUGCUCUACUUAGAAGAUUAUCUGGAAAUGAUAGAAAAUCUACCGAUGGAAAUGAGAGAUCGCUUGACAGAAAUGAGAGAAAUGGAUUUACAAGUACAAAAUGCUGUUGACAGUCUAGAUGAUAGAGUUAAAACAUUUUUCAAAAAGUGUUUACAACCAAACAUUAAAACAGAGAUGAGGCAAGAUGAAUUUGAAGCCAUUAAAAAGGAUUAUUAUAAAGCUUUAGAAGAUGCAGAUGAAAAAGUUCAAUUAGGAAAUCAAAUAUAUGAAAUGGUUGAAAGGCAUUUAAGAAAACUAGACCAAGAGCUGUCAAAAUUUAAGAUGGAAUUAGAAGCAGACAAUGCAGGAAUUACAGAAGUUUUAGAAAAGAGAUCUCUAGAAUUAGACAAGCCAUCAACAGUAGGAAAUAUCAACAAGGCAGAAAAACGGAAAUACCCCCAACAUAUGCCACUGUUAUCAAGCCAUACGGAGAAAAGGGCUUCUACAGACAAGGUGCUGUCAUCCUUAGCCAAUGAAGUGGCUCGGGGAACAAUCAGUUCAGUUCGUAAAGCAGGAUCAGCAGCAAGCUCACCUGCAAUUUCCAUGUUCAACUCCGGUUCAGGACCACCUCAGUCAGCUAUAAGUUAUAGUUUAGGUCAACUGGGUGCAGGUAGUAACGCAGCCAUAGCUGCAGCAGCUUCACAGGCUAUUGCAGCCACACAACAGAUGCAGCAGGGGAGAAGAACACCCAGUAUGAGGGCAAGCUACGAUGUGAUGGCAAGAACAGCAGAUAUAGCGAAGGAGAUGACCUUCGGUCGUGGUUCACCAUAUGCCACUCCGUCCACACCAGCUGCUGCUGCCCCAGUUGACAACACUCCACGAUCACAGAGAAAUAAAAAACAAACCUUAAAAGCAUCUGCAGCAGCUGCCAAUGCAAUACAACAGCAAAAAGAGUUGCAACAACAACUGCAAACGCCACCACAGCCUCAACCACCUGCAGCAGCUCCAGCUUCUGUAGCUUUGGUCGAAAGUGUGGAGGAAGUAGUAGAGCCUCAGAUAGUGGAUGAAAAUGGACAAGCAGUGGACUGGCAGUAUGAUCCAAACGAGCCUCGCUAUUGUCUAUGUAAUCAAGUGUCCUAUGGUGAUAUGGUCGGCUGUGAUAAUGAUGAUUGUCCAAUUGAGUGGUUUCACUACGGCUGUGUAGGGUUAGCUCAAGCACCAAAGGGAAAAUGGUACUGUCCACAAUGCACAGCUGCCAUGAAACGACGAGGUCGAAGGUGAUAGGGGAUUCUCCCUAAACUGGCAGGGUGAAUCUGACCACAGACAAAUCAGUAAACGUGAUAUUUGCAUAACACUGCAAAAUAUGCUCAUUCGUGAGGAAAAUUAACACUUUGUUGUAGUGUAUAGCAAGAUCUGGAAUUCCCACGUUGUGCUGCAGUAUAAUGGUACACAUGAUUUCCUACUGCAUUCUCUAAACUCCGUACUGCAUUGUGACUGUAAUGGCGCUCUCUGGAUUUCCUACUGAAAGGAGUGAAAUGGGACACUAUGGAUUUCCAACAAUGUGGAAUGGAAUAGGACAUUGACUGGACUCGUUAUCAGAAGUGUAAUGGCUAUCUUACUCUGUGCCUAGUAAGAUCAAAUUUCACACAGAAUGGAGUGUAAUUGGACUAUUUGCUAUUGCAUGUAGAGUAAUCACACACUUGCUGACAUCUUACUCCCUUGAUUUUCUAUAGCACGGAGCAAGAAGACUUUUGCUGAAUUUAUUACUGAAUGGGUGGAAAGAGACGCCUGAUUUGUUAAUGCAUGGGGUAUAACGGGAUACUUGCUGAAUUUUAAUUUUUGAAAAAAUUGUUUGAUUUUAUGUGCAAUAUUUAAAAUGUUUUUAAUUGAAGAAGUGACUGGUUUAAUGAUUGGCUGAGAGCAGAGUGCCACAUUCCAAUGUUGUUUUGGUUUUUAAAGCAGGUGAGAAUCAGAUGGUACUAUGUACCGAUGUAAAAAAGUUUUGUUUGCUACUGAAGAUAGCAAGAUCAGCUGAAACUAUGGUGCUUUAAUAAUACUUUAAGAACACUGCUUUUCAAAAAACUUUGAUCUUAUUUACCCUUGUCUUUUUUUGUUUUACUUUCUUAUGGAGGUGAAUAUUAAGUGAUACUUUAAUUCUUCAGGUAGAGCGCCAGUUUCAACGUGCGUCUACAGUGUAUACAGGUACACAAACAAAUGAUAAAUGAAUGUAUUCGAUACAGUGGAUUUACAGUCAGUGAUAGUGACAGGAAGGUAAAUUAUCUCUGCAAUUGUUUUUCUUUUCACAAAUCAGAUUCUCACUUUCACUUUAGGGACUAUGACAUCGCCAAUUUAUUAGUGUACCCCAAUU